GGAUGCCAUGCCAUAAUCAGCAGCUGAAUAAUGUGAACAGUGGCCAGGAGCACCCAAUGAAGCAAGUACGAUUUGCUAGCAGCAAUAGCAGCAGCAGCAGCAGUAGUAGUGCAGUGCUGUCCAACUCUGAACCAACUGAUGCCAACAUACAGCCUGUCAACCAAGAUAACCUGGGACCUCAGCUUAAACUGCUCCCUCUGAAUGACCAGAUCCGUGAAUUACAGACCAUAAUCAGAGACAAGACAACCAGCAGAGGAGACUUUGUGUUUUGUGCUGAUCGACUGAUCAGACUAGUAGUUGAAGAGGGUUUGAAUCAGCUCCCCUACUCAGAGUGCACUGUGACCACGCCGACAGGGUACAAGUAUGAAGGCGUCAAGUUUGAAAGAGGCAACUGUGGAGUCAGCAUAAUGAGGAGUGGUGAGGCCAUGGAACAGGGUCUCCGGGACUGCUGCCGCUCCAUCCGGAUUGGCAAGAUCCUCAUCCAGAGUGAUGAGGAGACACAGAAAGCCAAGGUCUACUAUGCCAAGUUCCCUCCAGAUGUGUACAGAAGAAAAGUGCUGCUCAUGUACCCCAUCCUUAGUACAGGGAACACUGUGAUUGAGGCGGUGAGGGUGCUGAUAGAGCACGGAGUCCAGCCCAGGCAUAUUAUCCUCCUCAGCCUCUUCUCCACGCCUCAUGGAGCCAAAUCUAUAAUCCAGGAGUUCCCAGAUAUCACCAUCUUGACCACUGAGGUUCAUCCGGUCGCUCCGACACAUUUUGGACAGAGGUACUUUGGCACUGACUAAACCGAGGACAACCUGAGGAACAUGAUCUGCAAAUUGCUUUGAGUAUAUUUUGUCUUGUUUAUUUAAAUGUAUCUCAUGUUCUCCUUGUUGUGCCAAAUACUACUACUUUUAUCUCCAAAGUUCUUAAACUGAUACAGAAUUAUCUGAGCGACUGUAUUUAUUAUCAUGUGUUUUUGCAGUGUAUACUCAUGCUAAAGAAAGAAAACUGAACCAUAUAAAGA